UUCAAAACCUACUACAGCACAUUCUUGGUUUGAUUCCCUUUUCGUUUAACUAUUUUAUUUAAUUCAUCAAGCUUUUGUUUAAUAAUCCCAAUUUUUGUUCCCGUCCCAAUCUCCUCUACAGAAAACGUUUGUUUAUAUUGGGCCAUUUUUUGCAAUCCAACCUCCCUCUGUUUUUCUUCUUCCUCUCCCGUCUGUUCUUCUGAUUCUUCAGCCAACAAAGAAAGAAACCCCAGUUCCCAAGUUAUGGUGAGCAAUCCAGGACAGCCGACGAUGAUCAAUGAAGAAGAAUUCAAGGAAGCCAUGGAAGCAAGCAAGGUUGAAGUCUCAGCGUCACCUUCAGCUUCUCGCCCAGAUUCCCCAGUGCAAACUAACAGCAGACCUACCAGCAUGGUUAUCAAGAAGGCGCAUUCAGUAAUCCCAGCCCAUCUGAUCGCCGAAGCCAUCUCAACUCUACGGGGACUCGACCUUCGGUGGUCGGGACCCAUAACUCCGACCGAAAUGGACUACGUCAAACAAUAUGUCUUCGCCAAAUACCCUCAAUACUGCAACGGCAUCCUCAACGAAAGCGAAGCACUCGAUUUGGCCAUUACCGGGGAAGAAGAAUCCUCGGAACCCAACACAAAAAUUUCCCCCAAAAACCCCUCUACGCCGUCGUUUAGCCGGAGCUUCUCCGAUCUGGACAGAACCCAACUGGAAUCGUCCCGCCUACUCGACAUACUGGCCAAGAAAUCCUCAUUCAAGGGCAAUUUCAUGUCGAUCCCAGAAAUCCAGGCAUCGAAUCGAGCCCUGAAGCACUGCGGGCUGAACGAGAAGGACUAUCUGGUCAUUUUCAUGCCGACCCAGAGAGAUGCUCUGGCGAUGGUGGGCGAGAGCUACCCUUUUUUCAAAGGGAACUAUUACAUGACAAUCGUCGAGGAAACGGGCGACGGGAUCCGCGAAUACGCCGGUAGAAAAGAGGCGAAAGUGGUUCCGAUGCCGGAGAGUUGGUUAGAUCUGAGAAUCAAAGGCUCCCAGCUAAGCCAGUACUUUCGGAGAAAGUGUAAGAACACUCCAAAGGGGCUUUUUGCGUAUCCGGCCGCGGUGAAUGGGCUUAGGUACUCGAUGCAUUGGAUCUCCGAGGCCCAUCGGAACUCGUGGCAUGUCUUGUUGGACGCGACGGGGUUGGUUAUGGGGGAGGAGAGGCUGGCGCUGGCCAUGCAUCGGCCGGAUUUUGUACUGUGUGGAUUGGAGAACAACGGCGGCGGCGGGCAGGGGAAUGGGAAGAAGGUGAGUUGUUUGUUGGUGAGGAAGAACUCGUUUGAUACCUCUGCGGCUUCUGGGUGAGGGGGGAUUUUGUAAAUAAAUAAAAGAUGGGGGAUCUGAGUUUUAAUUGUUGCUUGGAUCUCUUAUUAUGUUAUGUCCCUCCACUCUUGUGGGACUUGUGCGAUUGAAGGGAUGUGAUUUUGUGUUGGGGAAUCUAAACUUGUGAAGGGGUUGGAAUCUAAUUGGAUUAAUUAGCUUCUAAUUGAUUGGUAUCCCAAAAUGAUUGUCAAACUUUAGUUGUGUCAUUGAUAAACAUUGAAGACAGUGGUGAAUACUCCAUCUAAAUAAAGGUAAAUUUGCGGAGAGUAGAGUUGGGAAACCGUUUGACUAGUGAUGAGCAUGCUUUCGUCCGGUUGAUCAUCCAAGGCUUUGAACAAAUUAGCCAGGAUAUUUGAUAGGGCAAAAGCGUAUAUGUCAAUUUCCUAUCUCGUAGUAAACCGGAAAGUCCCGGUAUCGUCUCUCAGGGACUGGUACAACCUUAAGUUCUAUCAAUUUUAUUGAGCAAACUAUAUGUGAAAAUGUUUAAUGAGAUGAAACUAUGAUCUAAUAGCAAAGUAAUUAAACAAAAAAAGCAAAUUAAAGUGUCGGGUUUAAUUCAAUGGAGAAAGCUCUAGGAGAAACACCGGGAUUCACUACCUAUCCUAUCCAGAUUAAUUCACAGAUGCCAAUCAAUUUAAUCCAUACCUCUACAGCCUGGAUAUCACGAAUGUGCUAGCUAUCCGUGUCGGGAAUUACUACGUACCAAACAAUUAAAUCAAAUCCUACUGUCGUAGCUCAAUGACCUAAUUGUUUAGCCUGAAGAUCGAUAUCCUAUUUAAGACUGCAUAGCACCUUAUUUAAUCCACUGUCGCUUCGAUAAGUUACUAUGUCACAUGAAAUAUGUUCGGUUAAUAGGGUUUCACUGUCGCUAAUAACCUAAUUAACUACAAAUCGUUGUAUUGGUGGCCAGUCAACACAAAGCAUUAAGCAAUUUCACGCAAUAGAGAUUGGAAGAAAAGAAUCAUGAAUCAAUCCAUCAAAUCAAGAACUAGCUACAUCCUAUGGUGUUUCUCCCAGAAAUCGGGGUUUAGUUCAUGACGAAAAUAAAACACACAAUCAUGUUCAUAAUCAUCAUACUAAUGAAAGGAGAAGAAACAAAAAUACUGAGAAUUUUCCAAACGAUGCUCGUCGAUCCGCGUCUGCGCUUGCUUCUCCCCCAGAAUUUCGCCUGCUACCUUUUCUUUCGAAUGCCGCUGCCUUUUUCCAAGAGAAUUAUCUCCUCCAAAAAACCCCAACCAAACUUGCCUGUCCUUUUUUUUAUUAUAAUUCCGUGUCCCAAUUAAUUGGCUGCUCCACAAAUUGAUUCCCUCCUUCCUUACGUUGCCAGAGAAUUCACCACCAAAAACCCCCCUUCCGUCCGUAAUUUCUUGGCCCAAUUUUGCCUCUCCCAUUAAAACCAUCCUAGCAAUUUUUCGUGGCCCACCCUCCUUCCAGGCCCACGUGAGUAUUCCAUCAAUUAUUCGAGCCCGAUUGAUUGCUUAUGCAUUCGCUUCUUUUUCGUGCUUUCUCCACCUGUAACAUAUCAAACUCAUGGCACUAGGCAGUAAUGGUUUUUCAACCAUUCUCGGGUUAGCGAGCCCUAAAAUAGCACCAAUUGGCUAAAACAUACCACGGAUAAUCACAUAAAGUCCAAGAAUCCGA